UCCUGCGGCGGCUGCUGCUGAGGAGCUCCGCUCAGGCAGAGGGGAGGAAGGGACGGCGGCGGCGGGGGUGGCCGCGGCGCGGGGUCCAGGCGGGACUAUGGGAAACGGGAUGUGCUCCCGAAAGCAAAAGCGGAUUUUCCAGACGCUGCUGCUGCUGACCGUGGUGUUCGGCUUUCUCUACGGCGCGAUGCUCUAUUACGAGCUGCAGACGCAGCUGCGGAAAGCCGAGGCGGUGGCGCUCAAGUACCAGCAGCACCAGGAGUCCCUUUCCGCCCAGUUACAAGUUGUGUAUGAACACAGAUCAAGAUUAGAGAAAUCCUUGCAAAAGGAAAGACUUGAACAUAAGAAAGCAAAAGAAGACUUUCUUGUUUAUAAGUUAGAAGCACAAGAAACACUAAAUAAAGGAAGGCAAGAUUCCAAUAGCAGAUACAGUGCGUUGAAUGUGCAACAUCAGAUGUUGAAAAGUCAACACGAGGAGCUGAAGAAACAGCACAGCGACUUGGAGGAGGAGCAUCGCAAACAAGGAGAAGACUUCAGUAGGACGUUUAAUGACCAUAAGCAGAAGUACCUGCAGCUACAGCAAGAGAAAGAACAAGAACUUUCUAAGCUAAAAGAAACUGUGUACAAUUUGAGAGAAGAGAAUAGACAGCUAAGGAAGGCACACCAGGACAUGCAUACACAACUUCAAGACGUCAAGCAACAGCAUAAGAAUUUACUCUCCGAGCAUGAACAACUUGUAGUGACUUUGGAAGACCACAAGAGUGCGCUAGCUGCUGCACAGACACAAGUUGCAGAAUAUAAACAAUUGAAAGAUACUCUGAAUAGGAUUCCAAGCCUUCGAAAGCCAGAGAAAGCAGAGCAGCAGAAUGUUACCCAGGUGACACAUUCUCCACGAGGUGACAACACAGCGAGGGAGGAUGCAGCCGGGGAGCCACGGGAGGUGUCUCGAAACAGUGAUGGGCGGCAGACGCAUGAAGCAGUUCCUAGAAGCAUGGAAGACACAAAACUUUACCCUCCCACCCAGAAGAAGGCAGAGUUUCAGGCUCCAGCGGAGCUGAAGCAGCCUGAAGCUGAAGGCAGAGAGCCCGAGGAGCGGCAGGUGGAAGAGGAGCACAGGAAGGCCCUGGAGGAGGAGGCGAUGGAGCAGGUCGGGCGGGCCGAACGUCUGGAGGAGGAGCAUGACCCGUCCCCCGACGAACAGGGUCGGGAAUGGAAGGAGCAGCGUGAACCUCGAGAAGAAGCCACCCUUCUGGGAGGGCACGCGCCCAACGAGGUAUAUCCUUCAGCCAAGCCGGUCACCAGGUUCCGGUCACCAUCUGAGGAGCAGUUAGAAGCGCGGAGAGUGGCCGCCAGGCGGGCAGAGGAGGCCCAGCCACUGAGGGAUCAGCAGGAGGCUCUGCACCAGCAGAGGCUUCAGGGACACUUGUGGAGGCCACAGCAGCAGCUUCUCGCCAGAGAGGUGGCCCGGCAGAGGCAGGCCGGCCCGCAGGAGGGGCGGCCGCAGCCCCCGGAGCAGCCCCGGCAGCAAGCUCAUUAUGAUGCUAUGGAUCAUGAUAUUGUUCAGGGAGCCGAGGACCAGGGCAUCCAAGAAGAGGAAGGAGCCUAUGAGAGAGACAACCAGCACCAAGAUGAGGCAGAAGAUGACCCAGAGAAUGGACGUGAGCCUCAGGAUCAGGGGCCCCACGAAACCGAUCCGGAAUCUGAGGCAGAUAGGGCAGCUGUAGAGGAUAUAAACCCAGCAGAUGACCCUAAUAAUCAAGGUGAAGAUGAAUUUGAGGAAGCCGAGCAAGUGAGAGAAGAAAAUUUGCCAGAUGAAAAUGAAGAGCCAAAACAAAGUAAUCAAAAGCAAGAGAAUGCAGAGAUGGAGGAGCAUUUGGUGAUGGCAGGAAACCCAGACCAGCAGGAGGAUAAUGUUGACGAGCAGUACCAGGAUGAGGCAGAGGAGGAGGUUCAGGAAGAUUUGACUGAAGAGAAAAAAAGGGAAUUGGAGCAUAAUGCUGAAGAGACCUAUGGUGAAAAUGAGGAGAACGCCGAUGAAAAAAACAAUGAUGGUGAAGAGCAAGAAGUUCGAGAUGACAACCGCCCCAAAGGCCGAGAGGAACCCUACGAGGAGGAGGAAGAGGAGGAGGAGGACGGCGCUGCAGCUGCGGAGAAGUCACAGCGGAGAGCGGAAAUGUAGCGGCGCCCGACCGCACGGGCGGUGCUCGGCCAACCGAUUCUUUUCAAGCUGCUCAGAAACAAUUCUGCCUACUGAACUCUAGGAUAUUUAAUUACAAAAUUAAGAAUUUAGACUUUUUUUACCUUUUGUAUUAGAAAUGCUCAUACAUUUAUAUGAAUAUAUUUUGAUAAUCUAGGUUAGAGCUUCUUUUAUAUUCAAGUUACACACGAACAAGAAGACAAACAAAGCAACCCUUAGCCUUUGAGUCUCAUUUUUCAUAGAUUAUGUGAUGUUGGAAAGGGCACCGAUUUUGUAUAUUUCAGCUUGUUACUUCUCUAUCUUCUAGUUUCCAGGUGUUCUGUUGUUUGCCUUUAAUAAGAUACAGGAUUUCAGAUAGGGAAUACUGCAAAAUGCUGUAUAGCCUUUAAGGAGAAUGGCCAGUUUAUUAACUGCUGCCUUUCUGAGGUUCUUGUGUAUAGUUCGGAGGGAAUUUUCGCCCCGCUGUCUGUCUCUUGAAUAAGAUCCACGUACAGACUGACAUAAAUUGGAAAGGCAUUUGGUUAUAAAGACAUAAAGACAUUGUUUUUCAGACUUUUCGUAUCAGUUAGAAAAAUGUCUGGCUUUACUUCAAAUCACAGCUGUUCUUGAAUUAGAUUUUAAAAUGAGAUCGUACUAAAACUCAUGCCACAGUAUUCUGGACUUUGAUAUUCCAGUAUUCAAACAAGGUAGGACGCAUCAGUGUAUUAACCUUCCUGAAGGACUGACACCUUGUUUAG